UUGUCUUGUACCAGCUGAUCUCCGUAAUAAAUACAACACAAUCAUCUGAUCCACAUUGAUGGUGGUGAUUCCAAAACCUUUGAAAUGUGAUCAGCCGGUCAUUCAACAAUGGACUGCGAUGUAGACUAUCUGUCCAACUUACCGAUCGAGAUUUUCCUUCAUAUAUGUUCAUAUCUGGAUAUCAACAAGUCUUUGCCAGCCUUAAAAUGCGUUUGCAAACAGUUCAAAUUCAUUUUAAGCGACGAUUUAGUUUGGAAAUCUAGAAUAGCCGGGAGGUGGUUCCCAAACGAAAAAGGAGUUGAAGUAGACUGGCAAGAAGCUUGCAAAUGCAUUGAAAACGAAGCUUCUUAUUUACGAGAGCCAAGCACAUGUGAUCAGCUAGUGAGUGAAAGGGCACAUGAAACUGAUAUUGACGCCUUACAUAUUUUAGAGAAUCACAAAACAAUUUUCACUGGCUCCCGUGAUGGACUGAUCAAAAUCUGGAACAUCAACACCGAGGAAAAGGCACUGGAAAAGUCGAUGAUCCUGCCCUGUGCGCACAAUGGCUGGAUUUGGAGGAUUGAGUCAGAAGACUGCCACAGCAUUUACUCUUGCAGCUUUGACCACUCGCUGAAGCACUGGAACUUUUCCGGUGACAACCUGGUUGAAGUGUGGAGCUUGGAUUUAAAGUUUCCCGUGCUAUCGAUUAAACUCGUGAAUGAGAAUGUGAUUGCUGCUGGCGUACACAAGGAGGCUGUACUCGUUGAUCGGCGAACUGGCACGUCCUUCAGGACCAUUUUCAAGGACAACCACGUCAAACUCUGCUUGGAGAUGAUCAACGACAACUAUUUGCUGGCCAACGGUGCUGGAAAGAAGAUUUGCUGUUAUGAUCUGAGGAACGACAAAGAUGAAGUGGUUUCGUUUAACUUUGGACAAGUGACGCCGCUCGUGCCGCUGCAUUUGGCCACCCAGCAGAACAUUAUGUAUGUGGCAGACGGUAGUUCCAAAUUUUACUCUGCUGACAUCACCAAGAAUGAGCCUUUGGCUCUCAGAGGCUACUGUGGUUACGAUGCACAAGGAGGCGCCAAUGCAAAAGUCUUUGGAAUGUUUGCUAGCUACACUUCUCUGAUAUUUGGGCUUAAUACAGGCUCGUCAAGCCGCUUAGCCUUUUGGAGGACGAAACCGUCUUUGAAAGAAGAGGAAAACAGGUAUUCUGUGUUGGCCAAGUCUGGGGAAAUGCUGAAUCUGGGUUGCAGCAGCUCCAUUUGCAGUAAUAUGCAUUAUCGAGACAGUAUGGUAGCGGCUGCUCAUACAAUGUCCAAUGAUUUGGUUUGCAUCGUGCCGAAGGAGUUUCUGUGAAUUUGCACCAUUAUUAAAAGUCAUUUUAAUUAUUUGUUUCAUUAUUUUACAGUUUAUACUCUCGCGUUGAGUCAGAAAAACGAUUGUUGAAAUUGUUUUUCAUGUAUAUUCUGCCUCCUUAAAAUUAUUAACUUAAAACAAAGCUAACAAUCCCACUGACACGUCAAAGACUUGCAUUUUUAUCUUUCCUUACAUGGUUGUUAAAUUUUCCGUAACAUUCACAAAUUUUCUUUAAUUAAUAAAUGUUGUUACAGCUACACUUUAUUUAUAAAAAAUAAAUUGUACACCGAAUCUAUGAUCCGCAAUAAAAUUAAUUUAUAUCUAAUCAUUGGAAACAAA